AGUUUGUUGUAAUUUUCUAUUUUCCAUAGAUGUCUUCUCUCCUUGGUUACAAAACCCACCGUUUCCCAUGGAUUCCCCACCAAAUCACGAAGGAAAAGAUGGUGAAGGGCGGACCGGCGAUCUGGAGCCCAGUGCUGCGGGUAAAUUUCACAACAGUCCUACUGCUCUGGACAUUCGGCACGUAAAGGACGCACAAAGUUCGACGGGUAGUUCCUACCCUACACCAUCCAAAAAGCGCCAACGUAAAGUUGGGCACCUAGUCGGUAAGGAUUUCACAAAGGCUGCUUGGGGGCAAAUCGCCCACGAGUUUGCCCAAGAAACAUGCCAACCUUAUCAACUAUAUCAACUCCAGGGUAAGUACAUCCGUCUACGAGAAGUCUACCGCCUCGUAACUGAGCUAUGAAAUAAGCAAACUGGGUUAGGUUGGGAUGCUGAACAGGGGGUUGUUACUGGUGAUCCGAUGCUUUUGGAGGAAUGGAAAAAGCAACAUCCGAAGCAUGCCAAUUUGUUAACGCAUGGCUUCUCUUUCUACAAUCAAUGUGAUGAACUGUGGUGAAGGUACAUUGCUACUGGAAAUAGUUAUAGCUCAUUGGGUGCGUUCGCAAGAAGGCAAGCUCAUCAGACCACAUAUGUUCGUAUGGCCACCAAAAAUUUGGACAACACAUCGGAAGGUGGUGAUGAAGAGGGGAUGAGUAUUGAUGGGGCGACAAUUGAAACAUCUCCACCAGGGAGUCCCCCGAGGGUGAAUUUUCUCAUCCACAUCCCCUACGUCGAGGAGGAUGAGGUACAAAUGAAGAGAUAACGUCUGUGGUUCGAGAGACUCUGCGGGAGGGUUUUGAGAUGUUCUGCAGUGGAUGUAGUAAACGUGAGGAAGCUCAGGAUGACACUCUCCACCGCUGCAUUGCCGUAUUGAACUCUAUUUCGGGUCUCUCUGUGCGGAAUAUCUAUACUGCACAUAGAAGCCUAGUCCCACCCGACAUGAAUGAUUCUUGUCCUUUAGUCGUGAGAUGCAAGAAGAGUGGGUCCGAUAACUAGACGUACCGUAGCCUUGGACUUAUUGCGAAUGCCCUACCCGUUUCUUAUUAUUGCUACGAUGCUAGUUCAAUAGUUUAUGUCUUUUAUUUCUAGCUAGU